CGUGCCCACUUCGAGCAUCUCAGUCACACUGCUCCCGACUCCUAUCGAGACAACUCAUCGCAGCUCAGAGUCAAAGUAACAAACAGAUGGUGUUGUGGUCGUACCCACCCACGCCCAAGCAGCUAGCCGUGAGCGUCUGCUUCUUCAUCGCCGGCGCCUCGCUAUUUGCCGCCGGUGUCCACCUCUCCUUCGCCAAUAUAGGCCCUCAACAAGCCCGUGCCAAAGCCCAUAGCAAGUUCAUCAAAGACCGCCUCAGGAAGCUAGUCGACGACGACUAGCAUUUUUGAAAACCAAUCGCUUGCAGUUUUGUACCAGUCGUUGGCACUGGAGGAAGCUGGUUACGGCUUGGAGCUGGAGAUGCUGAGUCGGGAGUUGCUGGAAUCGGCCAGAAAGCCCGAG